GAUAUUUUUCCAUCCCCGAGGGUACUUUUCCCUGCUGUCUACCCGCCGACGCUUUCGGCGUCAUUUAGCCGGAAGGGGCGCAACGUUCUCGCAAUCCAUGAAACCCUUCUUCUCGGCGUCGUUCUCCAACAAGAGACCGAUCUGUCCAAUUCGGAAGUUAAAAGAGAAAAUUGAUUGACAAAAACACCUAGAGAGAAAACGGGGGAAAAAAGCCCUCGAAUCGCAUGACCUCAACCCUAAUCCCUCCGAUCCCUUCUUAGAUAUCCAGAUCGGCUUCAACCCCCUAAAACCCUAGCCCUUAUUACUCUCGCGACCGGGGCGGCGGGAUGGGCCGCGGUGGAGGAGGAGCGGCGGCGUCGGCGGCGGCGGCGGGGCCGAACCCGAGCCUGAACGGGAACGCUCCGCCGCCGUUCCUGAGCAAGACGUACGACAUGGUGGACGAUCCCGCGACGGACGCGGUGGUGUCGUGGGGGAACGGGAACAACAGCUUCGUGGUGUGGAACACCCCCGAGUUCGCCCGGGACCUCCUUCCCAAGUACUUCAAGCACAAUAACUUCUCCAGCUUCGUGCGACAGCUCAACACCUACGGAUUUAGGAAAGUCGACCCCGAUAGAUGGGAAUUUGCAAACGAGAGCUUCUUAAGAGGCCAAAAGCAUCUUCUGAAAACCAUCAAUCGGCGAAAAUCAUCCCAUCCACACAAUGAAACCCCUCAGCCCAAAUCUCAGACUGCUGCCUGUGUUGAGGUGGGGAAAUUCGGCCUCGAGGAAGAGAUCGAAAGGCUCAAGAGGGACAAAAACAUCCUCAUGCAAGAGCUUGUUAGACUCAGACAGCAACAACAAGCCACUGAUCAGCAGUUACACACCCUCGGAAACCGACUACAAGGGAUGGAACAGCGGCAGCAACAAAUGAUGUCCUUCCUAGCCAAGGCCAUGCAGAGCCCUGGUUUCUUAGCCCAGUUCAUGCAACAAAACGAUAGUAAUAAACGGAUUGCCGCUGCCAGCAAGAAACGGAGGUUGCCUAAGCAAGAAGCCGGUUUGGAUGCCGGAAGCAAUUCUCCUGAUGGCCAGAUUGUUAAAUACCAGCCAAUGAUCAAUGAAGCGGCGAAGGCAAUGCUGAGGCAGAUACUUAAGCUGGACGGGUCUUCUCCGCCUAGAUUGGAACAGUUGAGCAACUCUGACAAUUUCUCACUGGAGAAUUUCAUGCCUCCGUCUGAGGCAACUACUUUUGAUAGCACUUCUUCGAAUACAAAUUCCGGAGUAACCCUUGCAGAGGUCCCUUCUGGAUUGAGUGUACCAUACGUAACAGCAAGCACUGGAUUUUCUGCAAUCUGCUUGUCUUCGGCUGCUUCAGAAAUUCAAUCUCCCAUUGGUUUAUCUGAUAAUAAGAAUUCAUCAGAAGAGCUCAGAGAUAUGGAUGUUCUAUCAUCAGUUCCCGAAACCAUCCCUUCUCCUAGCCCUACUGAUAUGAGUAUUCCAGAAUUUCCUGAAUUACAGGAUAUAGUUUCGGAGGACAGUGUUGUAAAUAUUCCAGGGGAGAGCUUCGUCGGUGCGUGCAUAAACCCUAUUGCAGAAGUUGAGGCCGAUAAUGCUGUACCAAUUGAGACAGAUGAUAUUUUGUACGGCGAUGAUGAGCAGAAGCUUCCGGGAAUUAUUGACACUUUCUGGGAGCAGUUUCUUGCGAGUAGUCCAAUUUCGAGUGAGGCGGUGGAGGAGGUUGAGUUGAGCAGGCAGGAAGGAAAGGUGGUGAUGCAGCAGAGACCUCAGAAUAGUAAUAAUGGGUGGGACAGUGCGCGGAACAUGGAGAAUCUCACUGAACAGAUGGGGCUUCUUUCCUCGGACCGCAAAGAGUUCCAGUUUCAACCCUAAAUGUCGGUUUCAAUUUCGUCCCUACAGUUUGACCCCCAGAAUCCAGUCUUGUUCUUGGUGCUGAGUUCAACAAUGGAGAGUCUUGUCAUUGUGCUGACAUGGAACUUGAGUAAAAGGACUCGAUUUUAUGCUUAUGCGGGACAAACUUCACGGACUGGAUUGUAACAAAUCAAAGGAAAACAAAAUUGAAAUUGAUUGAACUUCAGGGACCAAAUUUGCUGUUAAACCUAUGUUACAAUUAGGUAAAUUGCAACUUUGUUCGUUAACGUUAUUUUGUGGUGCAACAGUUGCAUUAUGUUCUUCUCCCGGUC